CGGAAGUGACGCGCGGCGGCGGCGGCGGCGGGUCCGGCGGGCUUAAUUAGCUCCGCCAUGGGGGAGCUGAGCGACCUGGACCGGCAGAUCGAGCAGCUGCGGCGCUGCGAGCUCAUCAAGGAGAGCGAGGUCAAGGCCCUGUGCGCCAAGGCCCGGGAGAUUUUGGUGGAGGAGAGCAACGUGCAGAGGGUGGAUUCGCCUGUCACUGUGUGCGGAGACAUCCAUGGGCAGUUCUACGACCUCAAGGAGCUCUUCAGGGUGGGAGGGGACGUACCUGAGACCAAUUACCUGUUCAUGGGCGAUUUCGUCGACCGUGGCUUCUACAGUGUGGAGACCUUCCUGCUGCUGCUGGCCCUAAAGGUGAGGUACCCGGACCGGAUCACGCUGAUCCGGGGUAACCACGAGUCGCGGCAGAUCACGCAGGUGUACGGUUUCUACGACGAGUGCCUGCGCAAGUACGGCUCGGUCACCGUGUGGCGCUACUGCACCGAGAUCUUCGACUACCUGAGCCUGUCGGCCAUCAUCGACGGCAAGAUUUUCUGCGUGCACGGGGGGCUCUCGCCGUCCAUCCAGACCCUGGACCAGAUCCGCACCAUCGACCGCAAGCAGGAGGUGCCGCACGACGGCCCCAUGUGCGACCUGCUCUGGUCCGACCCCGAAGACACCACCGGCUGGGGCGUGUCCCCGCGCGGCGCGGGGUACCUGUUCGGCUCGGACGUGGUGGCGCAGUUCAACGCGGCCAACGAGGUGUCCAUGAUCUGCCGCGCCCACCAGCUCGUCAUGGAGGGCUACAAGUGGCACUUCGGGGAGACCGUGCUCACCGUCUGGUCAGCCCCCAAUUACUGCUACCGGUGCGGGAACGUGGCGGCCAUCUUGGAGCUGGACGAGCACCUGCAGAAGGAGUUCAUCAUCUUCGAGGCGGCGCCACAGGAGACGCGCGGCAUCCCCGCCAAGAAACCCGUGGCCGACUACUUCCUGUGACACACCUGAGCACACCUGGGUGCACCUGGGCACACCUGGCUGCACCUGGGACAGACCGUGACACACCUGGGUGCACCUGGGUAUGGCUAAGGUGUAUCUGGGGAUACCUGUGGCACACCUGGACACACCUGGGCAUGCCUGGGACACACCUGGGGACACCUGGGCGAAUCUGGGGGUAUCUAGGAUACAGCCAGGGGUACCUGGGCACACCUGGGUAUGGCAGGGGUACACCUGGGACACACCUGGGAACUCGUGAGGUCACCUUGGGGGUACCUGGGACACACCUGGGACACACCUGGGACACACCUGGGCUCAAACCUCUGCUCACCUGGGAUGUGGGGGAGGCCCGGGGAACCCCAGGUGACUUUUGGGGACCUUGCCCUGCCCCCGCUGGGUCCCCUCCCUUCCCCACGCGCAUUUUGGGGCGAAAAUGGGGAAUUUUUUUUUGUGUUUCUGCUCCGUUUUGCCUCCGUUUGGAUAAAAAAAAG